AUGUCGUUGAACAUACAUAUCAAGUCUGGACAAGACAAGUGGGAGGUAAGCGUGGCACCUGAAAGCACAGUGUCACAAUUCAAGGAGGCGAUAAGCAAAGCAAACGGUGUUCCGGUGGCAAAUCAGAGAUUGAUAUACUCGGGUAAGAUUUUGAAGGAUGACCAAACCGUGGAGUCAUACCACAUCCAGGACGGACACAGCGUCCAUCUGGUCAAGUCGCAGCCCAAACCACAGCCCGGCGCUGCCGCUGGCACGAAUAACGCCACCGCCACCGGUGCAGCUGCAGGUACUGUUGCCACCCCAAACAUGUCAUCAGGUCAAAGUGCAGGGUUCAACCCAUUGGCUGAUUUGACGAGUGCCAGAUAUGCUGGUUACUUGAAUAUGCCCUCUGCAGACAUGUUUGGCCCGGACGGUGGUGCCUUGAACAACGACUCGAAUAAUCAAGAUGAGCUCUUGAGGAUGAUGGAAAACCCUAUUUUUCAAUCACAGAUGAACGAAAUGUUGAGUAACCCACAAAUGUUGGACUUUAUGAUUCAGUCCAACCCGCAACUGCAGGCCAUGGGCCCACAGGCCAGGCAAAUGCUACAGAGCCCCAUGUUCAGACAGAUGCUCACCAAUCCAGAUAUGAUCAGACAAAGCAUGCAAUUCGCAAGAAUGAUGGAUCCUAACGCCGGUACUGGUUCCACCGGCGGGGCUGCCUCCGCAUUCCCUGCUCCCGGUGGCGAUGCUCCAGAGGAAAGCGCCAACACCAACACCAACACCAACACUGCUUCCUCCCCCAACGCAGGGUCCAAUGCAAGUUCUAGCACUGCUGCAAACCCUUUUGCAUCUUUGCUGAACCCUGCUUUAAACCCCUUCGCCAGCGCAGGAAACGCUACAGGCACAGGGAUGCCCGCUUUUGACCCUGCCCUACUAGCGUCCAUGUUUCAACCGCAACAAGCCUCCGCACAAGCUUCCCAACCAGAGGACACUAGACCACCAGAGGAGCGCUACGAACACCAACUAAGACAACUUAACGACAUGGGCUUCUUCGAUUUCGACAGAAACGUUGCAGCCCUCAGAAGAAGCGGCGGUUCCGUUCAAGGCGCUCUUGAUUCACUACUAAACGGCGAUGUUUAA